AUUUUCUUUUCUUUUGGUUAUUUUUUUUAUUAUUUUUCAUGAAUUAAUCAGCCUGUCAAAAGCAGCAAAAUGAAGCCCAACACAUAUUUUUUAUUGGGGCUCACUACUUUAGUGUGCGUGUCGUUCACCUACUGGCUGGCAAUGGAACAUUACUGGCAACCCAUUGCCUUUCAAAUGACAGCUUCCUCAGCAACGAACGAGAGCGAGGUCGGCCCUCCAGCGCCCGAAGCAGCGCGUCUGCGGUUGCCUACAACGUCGCAAGUAGAUGGCACGCAUUUGGGGUACCUCAUCGACACACCAUCUUGCAGAAUGCCUGACUACGACCCUUAUGACGUCAGCAUCAAGAAAUUCAUUAAAAAGCCCUUCAAGAUGGUCUGCAAUCCUGAGAAUUUGAGCCCCUUUACCUUCACUGAAGGAUUCAGGAUCAAGAUUAAUGAGGACCCCAAAUUAAUGGCACAUUACGAUGUGACGCUCGACUCGCUGUCCUGCUGUGUUCACGAGAUCACCAGGACCACGCAAUCCUUCAAAAAGUUCGAUGCGGACUGUGAUAACAAAUACAAAACGAGCAAGUGUCAUCUGAUCGUCAACGGCUCUUCCGCAGAAGUCGCAACAGACGGAGCUUUUGUCGUCUGCUCAAAAAACAACUCGAUAUCUAAGCCAUUCUACAAGAACGUCCACUAUUUCUUCCACACGGAAAAAAUACGCGACAAAAUUGCCGCUCACAAAGAGCGUUUAGAGUCCAGUGAAGCUCUCCCUCUAAACUUCAUCCUAAUGGGGAUCGAUUCGACUUCUCGACAAAAUUUGCGCAGAUUUUUUCCGGAGACAUUCAAGUUUCUUUCAGACGAUCCAAGCACCUUAGACUUCAUGGGCUACAACAAGGUGGCAGACAAUACUGAUGUGAACGUUUCACCCGUCAUCAUGGGCAAUCGCGCAGAAGACCUAAUGAGCUUCAAAUUGGACUGCUACAAGAAACAAAAAGCUAACUUCGACAGUUGUCCUUUCAUUUGGAAGAACUUCUCCGCUCAAGGCUACGCAACGGUGUACUCUGAAGACGCACCCAGUAUGGGACUCUACCACUUCAAUAAAAUCGGAUUUGUUCAACCCCCUGUUGAUUUCUAUGCUCGCCCAUACAUGUUGCUCUCCGAAAAAGAGAUCGGCCAUCCUAAAGACGUUUAUAACCACUACUGCUAUGGCCUACAGGCCAGUACGGAGGUAGUUUACGAUCAAAUUAUGAGGGCUCUAGAUAAUCUAUCCGAUCAGGUGCCUGUAUUUGGAUACUUCUGGAGCGCCACUUACACACACGGCAGUAAUCAGAACGCAGCCCCUCUAGACAAACCAACACUACGUUUCCUAGAAAAAUUUACACAAUCACCUCAUCGUAACAACACCAUUCUCCUUUUCUUCAGUGACCACGGCCUUAGAUUUGGCGACAUACGAUCUACCUACCUUGGUGCCUUGGAAGAAAGAUUACCGUUCGUAACCAUGCUAUUUCCUCCAUGGUUCAAAGAUGAGUUUCCGGAAACAUGGCGUAACUUACUAACCAACCAACGACGCUUGACGAACAACUACGACUUGCAUAGCACCCUUCUUGACAUAUUACACGGGGCCUAUAAUGCCUCAUUAGACCUUAAAACACUUGCUGGACGGGGACAAAGCCUAUUUCUGGAGGUUCCAACGAACAGGACGUGCGAAUCAAUUCAUAUUCCAUGGCAUUACUGCGCCUGUCAGUCUUCCUUACCUGCGAACACUCAGAAUUCGGACGUCAAGCAAGCGGCACAAGUUCUCACGCAAGCCAUAAAUAAGCUUAUUGAAAAACAUCCCGAGUGUUCUAGGUUGGAAAUCAAGGAAAUCAUUAGUGCUCGAGAGUACCUGAAUCACGAGAAAUUUGGCGAAGGAACCGUCAAGAAAAAACUAGAGAAGUGGACGACGUAUUCCGUGAUGAUCGAAACCACGCCAGGAGGCGGCCAUUUCGAAGGAUCUGUCGUCAAGGGACACAACAAGUCUUGGAAAGUUUUAGAAGACAUUUCACGGAUAAAUCUGUACGGAAACCAAAGCACUUGCAUUGAAGACACAGAACUGAAGAAAAUAUGUCACUGUAGAUAACAAAAAAUUAUUAUUUUUUAAUUAAUAAUAACAUACGCUUUACUUUGUAAUGUCCAUUCCAUGCCUUAUUAACGUCAUGGGCGCCAGCAAUGUUAGAAUUGAGUCUAUCUGUCAUGUGUAACAGGAGUGACAUGUGUGACAGGAGGUUCGAUUUCCUGUGUUCUCUUGAUUCGUGUGAAACUCUGAUUUUCAUGCGUGUAUUCAACUGCUAAUGUUGAGAUUCUUACAGAGUUUUCCUAAUCUUAAUUCUUACAUCCGUCAUGUGUUUAUUCUAUUAUCUAAGUGCCUGAAGAAUAGGAGUAUAAUGUGUUACAUCAAUACUAUAAAUCUAGAGUCUAGAAGACAGAGCCGCUUCCUUAUGCCAAUGGUUUCUAAACUGAUACGCGUACCAUUAGUGGCUGGCAAAAACCUUCGGUACCACGAAUAAUUAAAGCUGUUUUAGUCUUACUUCAAAAAUGGUUAUGUUUAGCACAGCGAGUUCCAAUUAACAGUAUCCACACGUUACGUAGAUGUUCUCAGCGCGACUUGGAGUUAAAUUCAAGCAUUAAACUUACUCAAACUUAGCGCCUUGAGCAAAUGAAAUGCAACUAAUACCACAUUUUAGAGAGUAAUAUAGUAUAUAUUUAGUGCCCUAUCAAAAUUUGGCGAGCCUG